AUGGCUGCACCUGAACCCUCGCCUUCGCCCCUCAAGCUCGAGCCCAAGUACGAUGACUACGAUUUCCCUACCACGGCUCCAACCGCCCAGAGCGGCCACGCUGGAUACCUGACACCGGAACAAGAGGCCCAGGUCUUCCAGUUGCGCAUGCUUCUGGAGUCGGAGGGUUACACCGAACGCCUCGACACUCUCACACUGCUGCGUUUCUUGCGCGCACGCAAAUUCGAUGUCACGCUCUCGAAGCAAAUGUUCGUCGAAUGCGAGACGUGGCGGAAAACGACCAAGUUGGACGAACUGCUCCCGACCUGGGAUUACCCGGAGAAGAAGGAGGUGUUCAACUACUAUCCUCAAUACUAUCAUGGAACUGACAAGGAUGGCCGCCCUGUUUACAUCGAACAGCUGGGCGGUAUCGACCUCACCGCCAUGUACAAGAUCACGACGGCGGAACGUAUGCUGACGAACUUGGCCGUCGAAUAUGAGCGGGUGGCUGACCCCCGUCUCCCCGCGUGUAGCCGUAAGGCGGGCACUCUGCUCGAGACAUGCUGCACGAUCAUGGACUUCAAGGGUGUCGGCCUCACCAAAAUUCCCCAGGUUUAUAGUUAUGUGAAGCAAGCCUCUGUGCUUAGUCAAAACUACUACCCGGAGCGCCUCGGCCACUUGUAUCUGAUUAACACCCCCUGGGGAUUCAGCAGCGUCUGGAGCGUCAUCAAGGGCUGGCUAGAUCCCGUCACCGUCAAGAAGAUCCAUAUUUUGAACAGCAGUUACCAGAAGGAGCUGUUGGCGCAGGUUCCCGCGGAGAACCUCCCCAAGCAGUUCAGCGGCACUUGCGAGUGUCCGGGCGGGUGCGAGCUGAGUGAUAAGGGUCCGUGGCGGGAGGCUGAGUGGGCCAAGCCCGCUAAGUGGGAGAAGCAAUCCACGACCAAGACGGAGGAAGCGACUCCCGCCCCAGCUCCCGCCGCGCCCCAAGUGGCCACCGAGCCCGAGGCGGAUGGUGCCGCUGCCGCUGCCGUUGCGUAA